AUGGAGCGGGGAAUCCCUGCACUUCUCCGUGCCAAUAGGAAAACGUCAACAAACACAGCUGUCAUAGAUCGAUUUACAUGCACCCGUGAAAAUUACGGAACAAUCACCAGCAGCCAUUGCGCAACUCCACUUAUUGUAUGUUCGCAAUUGACAAUAACUGUUCUUCCUCAACAUCGCCAUUUAAAAAUUUCAAAGAGACAAACACGCUUCUCCUUAUAUCGUACUUUCCCGGGAAAUACCAUUCCUUAUGGUCAAACGCGCAUCUCAUGCUCGUCAAACAUUGAAUCUAAUAAUGCAGCAAUGGAUGUUCAACUGGAGUGCCUGAUCUCACAAAUCGAUGUUAUUCAUUGCAAGACAUAA